AUGACAAACGAGCUGGCACCGAAGGUUCGCGAGAUGUCUGUCCAGGGGUCAGUUAAUGCCUACGUCACGAAGGUCAGACUAUUUUCAGGUGGUGGAGUUACGUCUCCUGUAAGCACGGCCAACUGUCCCACAGAAACUUGGGCCUGGUGCUCAAAGCUGGCCCCGCCACCUCAACGACAGAGUCUGUCUGUCCUUGGGACUCAGACGGCUCGUGACGGCAUGGUAGAUGCCACCUUUAGGUUGACUUUAGGAAACUCUUGA